UGGCGACAUUGUUAGCUUCGAGAGUGAAGGAGGAAAGCAGGGAGCAGCUAAAACACCGUGUCUAAUGCUGGCUCUGUUCAUUAGGAGUUCAUCAUGGCUUGGACGAAGUACCAACUCUUUCUGGCUGGUUUAAUGCUCACUACGGGCUCCAUCAACACUCUGUCCGCAAAAUGGGCUGACAUGUUUUCCGCUCCUGGCUGCUCUGGUGCUCCUCUUCACAGCUUCUCACAUCCUUUCCUGCAGGCUGUGUGCAUGUUUUUGGGUGAGCUGAGCUGCCUCGCUGUUUUCUACAUCCUCAUCUGCCACGACCGGAGCAGACCAGUGCCCACAAUAGAACCAGGUCAGAGCUUCAACCCCCUCCUCUUCCUCCCACCCGCGAUCUGUGACAUGGCAGGAACCUCCAUCAUGUAUGUUGCACUAAACAUGACCAGUGCCUCCAGUUUCCAGAUGUUACGAGGAGCGGUGAUCAUCUUCACCGGGCUGCUGUCCGUAGCGUUUCUGGGUCGUCGGCUGGCGGCCAGUCAGUGGAUCGGGAUUCUGAUCACCAUCCUGGGCCUGGUGGUGGUCGGACUUGCCGAUUUCGUGAGCGGGAACAGAGACGGUGAACACAAGCUCAGUGAUGUUAUCACAGGUGACCUUUUGAUAAUCAUGGCGCAGAUCAUCGUGUCGGUACAAAUGGUCCUGGAGGAGAAGUUUAUUUAUAAGCACAACGUUCAUCCUCUAAAAGCAGUCGGGACUGAAGGCUUUUUUGGUUUCGUCAUCUUGACCAUCCUCCUCAUCCCCAUGUUCUACAUCCCGGCCGGGAACUUCGGCAGCAACCCAAGGCAGGUUCUGGAGGACGCACUGGAUGCUUUCUGCCAGAUCGGCCACAAGCCUCUGAUCAUCCUGGCACUGCUGGGCAACACGGUGAGCAUUGCCUUCUUUAACUUCGCCGGCAUCAGCGUGACCAAGGAGAUCAGCGCCACCACACGCAUGGUGCUGGACAGCCUGCGCACGCUGGUCAUCUGGGUGGUGAGCCUGGCCCUGGGCUGGGAGUCAUUCCACGGGCUGCAGAUCCUCGGCUUCCUCAUCCUGCUGCUGGGCACGGCGCUCUACAACGGACUCCACAAACCAGUGAUGGCCAGACUGCCCUGCUGGUCCGCAGAGCAGGAGACAGACACGGGAGACGCUGGUGAGAGAGAGAGACUGCUCGGCGCAGAGAAAGCUGCACAGGAGAGUUAACGAUGAACGGAAAUGGACUCAAUGGAGUUUUCGACUCAGCCUUCUCCAUUUUCCGCUCGAGCGCUGAACGGACUCGAUGUGUUUGGACUUCCAGGGAACAUUUUCAACUCUGAAAAUCUCUGGGUUUUGUAUUUUUAAUUUUUGGAAAUUUUUUUGGUGAUAAUCACUGACAAGCACACUGAGCUGUUACUUUAGUUUCAUUUUUGUCACUUGAUUAUUAAUUUUUUUUUUUUUUUUUUAUUUCUCAUAAUGCCAUAAUAAUUUGACCAACGGUUUAAAAAGGGAUAAUGAAAAGUUUUGGUUAUUUUAACAUUUUAAACAUUUUUUACUAAAUAAUUUUAGUAUUCUUGAGGGCAAAAUACUGAUUAUUUUUAGUCGAUAUGUGUAAUGUGGCACCUUUUUCAAAAGUGGGCAUUUUUAUUUCCUCUUUAACUUGGCAUGUUAUAUGUAUUUUUUAUAACAGACAGUACUCAAUGUAUCAGUCAGUAUAACAGUGUUAACACUACUAGAUAUUAAACUGAGGUAAAACGGUGAGAUUCAGUCAUUAUCAACAUGAAUAAGAACCUCCAAGUCUUUGUUCUGUUACUUGAAUAUCGAUGGCUUAUAAUGUUUGGUGUGAAUCUCAGUUUUAAUUAAAUCACCUCUUCAUUUUC